GGUAGGUUGUCUGAGCAACUUCCCCGGAAAAACACGGCUCUGGAAGGUGGGCAUUUCUGGAGUUUUCAUUAUGGGCAAACGCGGGAGCCGGAGCCAGAGCCAACUGCUCAACACCCUGACUAAAAAGCAGAAGAAACAUCUUCGGGAUUUCGGCGAGGAACAUCCCUUCUAUGACAGGGUUUCCAGAAAGGAACCAAAACCGCAGAUCUGUCAACUGUUGGAGAGUUCAGAUACUUCAGGUUCUGAAAGUGAAGCAGACAGUGAACCAGAACAAGUUUCAGGGUACCACAAACUACUUGCUACAUUAAAGAAUGUUUCUGAGGAAGAGGAAGAAGAAGAGGAAGAAGAAGAAGAGAGUGUUGUAGAUGAGGUAGAAAUGAACAGUGAAGAUGUUGAUGAUGAUGUCAGUGUGGAAGAAGAGACGGCAGCAGCAUCUACUGAAAUGCAGGAGAAUGUGGCCUUAUCUGCUGUCUCUGAGAGAAAAGAGGGUGAAGGGCUACUUGGCACAUCACAGCAAGAAUCACCUGAAGAGUUCACAGAUGCAAAACAUGAGUCACUGUUCAGCCUGGAAACCAAUUUUCUCGAAGAGGAAAAUAGAGGCAGCUGUUCUCUGAAAGCAUCACAAGAUCCAUUUCUAAAACAUGUGAACAAAGAACUGAAAGAAAAAGAAAUUCAGGCUGUUGCCACAAAUUCCAAAACUACUCACCAGCUGAAAUGGCCCACCCUGGGUCAGCUUGUUUUUUCAUCCAAGUGUCAGAAGUUGGAAACAUUUAAGCCCCCAAAGGACAUUGACUUAGAGACACUUCAUCUCCAGAAGCCUCUGGGAUCCAACUGGACCAAGACCAACAGCCAGUUUCUAUCUGGUCCCAAAAAAUCAAGUAGCCCCUUCACCUCCCUUCAGAAAGAACUCUUCUUAAUUAUGAAUUCGUACCAGGACCUGUUCUACCCAGAAAGGACUGCCCUGAAGAAUGGGGAAGAGAUCCGCCAUGUGUACUGCCUGCAUGUGCUGAAUCACGUCCUCAAAGCUAAUGCCCAAGUGCUUAGCAACAAUAGCAGACGCCGAAGCCAGAAACUUGGAGUGGGGGAUGAUGAUGAUUUCAGGGACCAAGGGCUUACAAGACCUAAGGUGUUGAUUGUGGUGCCUUUCCGCGAGGCUGCUUUACGGGUGGUGCAGCUCUUUAUCAGCCUCCUUGAAGGCGACAGCAAGAAGAAAAUAAUUGUGAGCAAUAAGAAGAGGUUUAAGGGAGAAUACGGUUCAGAUCCUGAGGAGAGACCACCCAACCUGAAGAGGCCUGAGGAUUAUGAAGCCGUAUUUGUUGGCAACAUUGAUGACCACUUUAGGAUUGGAGUUGCAGUACUUCAGAGGAGCAUCCGACUCUAUGCCCCCUUUUACUCCUCAGACAUCCUUAUUGCCUCCCCUCUGGGCUUAAGGACCAUCAUUGGUGGAGAAGGAGAAAAGAAGAGAGAUUUUGACUUUCUGUCUUCUAUUGAGCUUCUCAUCAUUGAUCAAGCUGACAUUUACCUGAUGCAGAACUGGGAGCAUGUACUGCAUUUGAUGAAUCACAUGAACUUACUGCCCUUGGACUCACAUGGGGUGGACUUUUCUCGAGUGCGGAUGUGGAGCCUCAAUAAUUGGUCCAAGUACUAUCGCCAGACACUGCUGUUUGGAGCCCUGCAGGAUGCCCAGAUCAAUUCAGUGUUCAACAAGUACUGCAUCAAUUUGCAAGGCCAGGUGGCCGUGAGGAACGUCCCGAUGACAGGCUCCAUCAGUCAUGUCCUGGUGCAGCUCCCACAUGUCUUUCAAAGGAUGGAAGCUGAAACCCUAGCUUCAGUGAUUGAUGCCAGGUUUAAUUUUUUUGUGAACAAGAUUCUGCCUCAGUAUCGUGAUGCAGUCAUGUCGCACACACUUAUCUACAUCCCCUCCUACUUUGACUUUGUGCGGCUCCGAAAUUAUUUCAAGAAGGAGGAACUGAACUUCACCCACAUCUGCGAGUACACCCAGAAGUCUGGUGUCUCCAGGGCUAGACACUUCUUCCUUCAAGGAGAGAAGCAGUUUCUGCUCCUCACAGAGCGCUUCCAUUUCUACAAAAGGUAUACAAUAAAAGGCAUCAGGAACCUGAUUUUCUAUGAACUGCCUACAUAUCCCCACUUUUACAGCGAAAUCUGUAACAUGCUGAAAGCCACCAACAGAGGAGAAGAAGCCACAUGGACCUGCACUGUCCUCUACUCCAAGUACGAUGCCCAGAGGCUGGCUGCUGUGGUUGGUGUGGAGCGGGCAGCACAGAUGCUUCAGUCUAACAAGAAUGUCCACCUCUUUAUCACUGGAGAAAAAUGAGAUUUUUUUUUGGACUGGAAAUGGUAUUUGGCAUGAUACAUAACAGUUGAUUUCUGCUCUUUGGACCCUGUUCUGAUUACAAAUACAGGAAAGGGAUUGAUACAGGCAAAGAGCACCAGGCAGUGUCAGUGUUACCUGAUACUUCUUUCUUUUCAGGUCAUGUGUCCCUGAAAAGUUAAAUGUAAACCAAAUUUUGGUAAAUCACAUGUUUUGGAGGUCAAGAGUAGACUGGAAGGACUCUGAGAAGUUCAUAAAAAGAAACUUAUAAUUCUGAAUCUUUUUGUGAAUCGUAAAUACUUUUAUUAUGAUUUUAUCUCUAAUUUAGUACAAUGGUAAGUUCUUUCAGAUUUGCAUAUUUGUUUGACACUUUCUUAAAGUAAGGCAUUCACACAGUUGCUGUGCAAACUGGUUUUGAGAAACUGGAAUAUUUCUUGCUGCUGAAUAUCUUGAUUUUAGAUUGCAGCAGGUUUUGCAAAACCGUUUUUCCCCUCAACCAAACUUUUUUGUUAAAGCUUAAAUAUUUUCUUUUAAUUCAGUCUAUAAAAGUAUUCAUUCACUGAUCUUUUUUAAAACUCAUAAUAGUGAAUGUUUUAAUUUAGUUAAAAAUACACACUUAAUACCACACAUUAUGUAAAAUCACAUUAAUUUCUACCCUAAUGUUUCAAGAAAUAAUUUUGUUCAAACUCUACGUCCUAUUCUCAAUAUCUUGUCUUCAUCAUUACUAUAGCCAUUUUUUUUUUGAGUCAUUGCAGAUAAAAAUGAAGAGGAAAUUGCACUUCUUUAAACAUUUUUAUUUUGAAACAUUCUCAAACAUACAAAAAAUUUACAAGUACAGAAUAAAGAUCUUUUUUUAAUUCUUGAACCAUUUCAGGGUAAGUUGUCAACCUGACAGGCCUAUUACCCUGAAUAUUUUAAUGUAUAUUUCCUGUAAACAAAGACAUUCUCCUACAUAACCAUCAAACAGCUAAUGCCAUUGAUACCUCAUUACCAGCUAAUCCUGGGACCCCAGUUAGGUUUUCCCAAAUGUCCAAAUAAUGUCCUUUUUGGCAAAAGGAUGCCGUUCAGAAUUACCUAUUGCCUUUAGUCGUCAUGUAUCUUUAGUCUCCUUUAUUUUGGAAUAAUGCCCCAGUUUUUCACUGGCUUUCAUAACCUUGGCACUUUUGAAGAUUACAGGUCAGUUAUUUUGUAGGUUGUCUCAUGAUGAGAUUCAAAGUAUGCAUCUUUGGCAUGAAUAUCACAGAAGUGAUACUGUAUCUUUAUCACUGCAUCCUAUCAGGUGGCACAGGAUUUCUGGUUUUUCCAUUACUGCUGAUACAGGCUUUGAUCAGUUGUUAAAGGUAGCGUUUGCCAGACUUUUCCACUCUUAAGUUACUCCUUUUCUCUUCUUUAUUAAUUUAUAUCAGUAUGGAUUCAUGGUUUUCUAUUCAAUGGGUCAUAAUCCACUACCAUCAUUAUUUAUUUAGAUGCAUACAUGCCCUCAGAUAUCACCAGUGGAAGCACUUCAUACUGGCUCUUGUGUCCUUUUGGCAUGUCCCCCUUAUACUUUAAGCAUUUCUGUACUUUGUGACACAAUAAAACAUUCCAGGUUCAUCUUGUA